CAGGAUGAAUCAUUGCCACAUCUCAAUCUACAAGAGACAUUGACACGCAAUGACGAUACGAUCAUCGUUUAAUUUCGCAACCGCGACGCUAGAUGAGGUGCUGGACGAUCUCUCUGUGCGGUUUAUACAAAACUGUCCGCCUGAGGAGCUGACGUCGGUAGAGCGAGUCUGCUUUCAAGCGGAGGAAGCCCACUGGUUUUAUGAAGACUUUAUCCGAGCAGAAAACCCCCAGUUACCAUCUCUUUCGCAAAAGAACUUCACCGCCCGGAUAUUCACACACUGCCCGCUCCUCCGCAAAUGGAGCGAUGUUCACGAGCAAGCGUUUGCCGAUUUCAUGCAGUACAAGACACGUGUCCCCGUGCGAGGUGCUAUACUUCUCAACAAGAAUCUGGACAAGUGUAUUCUUGUGAAGGGCUGGAAGUCCUCUGCGAGUUGGGGUUUUCCAAAGGGUAAAAUCAAUAAAGGCGAGCCGGACGAGGAUUGCGCGAUCCGAGAGGUUAUCGAGGAGACUGGAUAUGAUGUUUCUGCGCUACUGAAGAAGGAGGAUUAUAUUAAUAUUACGAUACGAGAGCAGCAGCUGAGACUGUAUAUUAUUGCGGGCGUUCCGAUGGAUGCUGCGUUUGAGCCACAGACAAGAAAAGAGAUUAGUAAAAUUGAAUGGUUCAAGCUGAGUUCGCUUCCGACGUAUGGAGACUCGAGAGACGCAGCAGCAGCGAUAAAGAACGGCCAGGCGUCGAAGAAGUUCUACAUGGUAGCGCCGUUUAUGAAGCAGCUGCUGAGAUGGGUGAAUGAGCACAAGCCGCCCAAGCCUGCGAAAAAGACUGUGACGUAUGCGGAGCCGGUUGUCGCUGUGCCGGCGGUGCCUUCGAAUACGAUGAGUAUAUUCGAUCAGAUCUCCGCACAACUGAAGACGAAUAGCGGACCGUCUACACAGGAGAAAGGAGCGGUCAAACAGAAGAAGCAAAACCGGCCAAACAAGCAACAGAAGAUCCAGGCUAGCCCUGAUACGACAGCGCAAUAUGUCGCACCCGUGCAGCAGCAGCAACUACAGGAACCGCAACAAGUCAAUGCGUAUACCCAAACUACGCCUAUGGCUGACACUCGGGCACAGGCUGGCGCGAAUUCGGCUGCUGCUCAGUCUAUUUUGUCUAUGAUUCGCAAAAACUGAGAUUGGUUGUGAAUAGUUCAUUUUUGUAUACGUUUCGCGGACCACAGGGCGCGGGCACGGGAUUGGAGGGUUCUUUUGUACUGCUAAGA